GGCGCCUGCGAACCCGCGUUGAAUGCGUCGUUUCUGCAGGUGAAGAAGGAGGGCGCCAACAAGGGGCGCUGGUUCUACACCUGCCAGAAACCGCGGGAAGAGCAAUGCAGGUUCUUCCUGUGGGAGGACGCGGCGAGGGCCCGGGAGAAGAGCGCGCGCAAUGAGCCGUCUGUCUUCAAUCGCCCCCGCACCCGGCGUCCGGCGAGUAGUGGUGGGACGCCGCAGUGGGACAUUGCGUCGACCGUGACGAGCAGCGGGCCGCUGUACUCGCCCGCGAGCAGCAUUCCGUUCACGCCCGGGCCGAGGCAGCGCAUCUUCCGCGGCGUCCCGCGUGCUGGGGCCGCGUCCUGGAGCUCGGACGAGGACGAGGACGAGGACGGUGACGACAGCGGCGCGGACGACGACCGACGCGCGGGCACGACGACGCCGACGCCCAAGAGGAAACGAUCUGAUGUCGACGACGCGGCCGCCCCGGAUGCUCCUUCGCCCAGCAGAAACGCGGCGACAGACUUGUCCGACCUCGACGCAGAGAUGGCCGACGAGCUGGUCGAGGUAACGAACCAGGCCGAGCGCCUGCACCGACCUCGGCUGGCCCAGCCGCCCCAUCACCGAUCCCAGAUCAGCGGCCCGCACACCACCCCAAGCCGCGCCGGCCUCGGUCGCGGAGACCUGUCGACGCCCGAGUCCGGGAAUAGCUUCGCCUCGGUCACGUCCGGCGGCCCAGAUGCCAAGCGCCUCAGGACGGCCCGGGGCGUGCCCGUCACCCCGACGCCGGCGCGCACGCGGAACGCCCUUGCAGGAGCAGCGGCACAACGACAAUCGACUCUUUCUUCCCCCGCCACCGCCACCACCACUACCACCACUGCUACUACCCCCACUGCUACUACCCCCACUGCCGCGCUCUCACCACCGGGCAACAGCCACGAGGGCGACGCCGAGAUCACGACGACGGUGCUCUCCCUCCUGCGGGCGGAGCCCGUGUCGGCGGCGGCGCGGCGGGCGGUGCGCGAGGAGCUGAACCGGCACGCGCGACGGGCGCGCGGCGUCGAGCAGGCGCGCGACUCGCUCCGGCAGACGCUGCGGGCGCGGGAGACCGCCCUGGCGGAGCUGCGGGCGCGCGUGGCCCAGCUCGAGAACGAGCGGCGGAUGCGCAGGGAGGUGCUGCGGAGCGACCUGCUCGCCCUGUCGCAGGAGGACCUACUACUCUCGUCGUCGCUGGAGGGCGAGGGCGAGGGUGAUGGUGAGGGUGAGGGUGAGGGUCAGGGUCAGGGGUCAGGGCUCGUGAGGGUGAGAGCGAGAGCGCUAACAAGCGGCAGGAGUGGGGGGGUGACGAGUGAUUUGUGA